GCUAGUCUGCCUGGGAAGAGGGGAAUUCCGACUGAAUGAGUGGAAGAGCUGCAUGUUAAAGGGCAUUUUUAUUUCCAUUUGUGCAGGCCUCUGCCAGCAACCUGCGUUAAAGAACAACCAGCAACUCCUGUGGUCUGACUCCCUUCAUCAACCGAACACAUCAAGAAGGACACUGUGGGAGGCUGUUGACUCAGGAACGUGGCACCUUGAAACUUGUGAUCCUGUGAUGUUAGACGGGAAGGCUUGGAACCGAGCUUGCUUCCACCUUUUGGUGUUUGCAUUAUGUGGAGUCAUGGCUCACUGCCAGUCUCAAAGCAAAGGCUUUUCAAAGCAGCAGACUCUCUUUUUGGUUGGAAAAACUGGCUCUGGAAAGAGUGCAUCAGGAAACACCAUCUUGGGCCACUCUGUGUUUAGAGAAGACGCCUCGGCUGAGUCGGUGACAAAAACCUGUGAGAAACGAGAACGACUGGAAGGAGACAGGAACAUCGUGGUGAUCGACUCCCCGGGAAUAUUUGACACAGAUAAAACACAAGUGCAACUCAAAGAAGACAUUGAGCAGUGUGUUAAGCUGUCAGUUCCUGGGCCUCAUGCUUUUUUGUUAGUUAUAAACUUAAAGUCGAGAUUCACAAAAGAGGAAAAGGACACUGUGAAGUGGAUCCAGGAUAACUUUGGCUCUGCUGCUGCUACUUACACCAUAGUCCUGUUCACUCAUGCUGACUUGUUGAGAGGUAAAUCUGUUGAGGACUAUGUGGCAGAAAGCAAACAACUACAAACUCUAAUACAUCAAUGUGGAGGAAGAUACCACUCGUUAAUCAAUGGGCAGAGUUCAGACAGAAAACAGGUCACAGAACUUCUGGAUAAAAUAGAUGAAAUGGUUCAAAUAAAUGGGGGAGACCAUUACACCAACAGUAUGUACUACAAGGCCCAGAGGGAACUGGAGGAGGAAGAGGUAAGAGCAUGGUGGGAGGAAGAAGAGAGAAAAAGACAGGCAGAGAGGGAAAGGUGUACAAAUGAAUAUGAAAGAGAGAGACAGAAGGAUAGAGAGAAGAGGGAGAGAGAUGAAAAGUUCCGUUUUAGGUGUAAACUAUUAAGUCUUACUGCCAAGGGAUUGAUGAUGACAAACAAUUUCUACCUUGUGAAAAUAGGAGGUGCUGUUGAUUUCUUUGUUGCUGACUGUGAACUCAUAGGCUCUGUAUUUUCUUAAAGCAGUAGAAAAUGUGUCUAAAUGAACCAAUAUAUAUUGAUCACUUGGUGAACACAACGGUGCAUGUUUAACAGUAAUCGUGCUGGUAACACUGGUAGCUGACGAUAUCUAAUUUACAGAAUACAGACACAUAAAAUCCACCCCUUGCAUGUGUAUAGUCAAUAUGAACAAUUCAGGCUCUGUGUUUUGGGUUUUUCCUUCUUAGUUGUUCAUUUUUAAUUAAUAUUAUUUUGUGCAUAUGAACACAAGUUUCAUCAACGUUACACAGCACUGCUCUUAGUUAUCCCGACACAACUCGUGCACAGUUUAUGCUCUUCUUCAUCUCAGUCAGAAAUGUGCCAAACUUGUCAUUAAACUGGUGAACAUGUUUCAGUCUCUGCAGAACUGUUUAUUUAUACUUUCUUAAUUUUUUAAAAAUCUGACCACCGUCGUAAUCUUUUGUUAUCGUCUCUAUGAGUAAUUGAUAAAAUUAUAACAUUUCAUGUGAGAAAUUUUACAUAUGAAAGCUGAAAAUAAUAUUACAUUUGUAUCAAGUGGCUUCCUAAAAAUGGGGUAAGUUUCUUCUUAGCAACAACUUUCAAAAACAAUGUACUAUUUUCUUUCAAUGCAUUGUUUCUUUCCAUUUUAUGGGUUUAAUCUAAGCUGGAGUGACAGUGUCUUUGUUAUAGAAAUCCCAAAUGAUUGAUGUCAGUUUUGUUGCAUUGUUUUAAGACAUUCUCAUUUGAAUUUGCUUCUUCCUACAUUUCCUAUACAAUUA